CAGGCAGUGCACUUCCAAGUGGUCUUUGCAGCUGCUCAGCUGAUAGGCUGGUAUGACCCCAAGGUCACACGGGUAGAACAUGCAGGUUUUGGUGUGGUGCUCGGGGAGGACAAAAAAAAGUUUAAGACUCGUUCAGGAGACACGGUUCGUCUAAUGGACCUUCUGGAGGAGGGUCUGAAAAGAUCCAUGGACAAACUGAAGGAGAAGGGGAGAGAUAAGGUUCUGACCCCGGAAGAGCUGUUGAAGGCUCAGCGUGCUGUGGCUUUUGGAUGCAUUAAAUAUGCAGACCUUUCACACAACCGCAUCAAUGACUACAUCUUUUCCUUCGACAAGAUGCUAGAUGACAGGGGAAACACUGCGGCCUAUCUCCUCUAUGCCUUUACACGCAUCAGGUCUAUAGCUAGACUGGCUAACAUCCAGGAGGCCACCUUGCACAAAGCAGCCGAGACCACGGAGGUCCUACUGGACCAUGAGAAAGAGUGGAAACUGGGUAAGUGCAUCCUGCGCUUCCCUGAAAUUCUGCAAAAGAUCACAGAUGACCUGCUGCUUCACACAUUGUGUGACUACCUCUACGAGCUGGCCACCACCUUCACAGAGUUCUAUGACAACUGCUACUGUGUGGAGAAGGACCGGCAGACAGGGGAAGUGGUUAAAGUCAACAUGUGGCGGAUGCUCAUCUGUGAAGCCACCGCAGCAGUGAUGGCCAAAGGUUUUGACAUUCUGGGUAUCAAUCCAGUUCAGAGGAUGUGAACUGGUCAGUGCCUUCUUCCUCUCAACACGAGACCUUUUUGAAAAAAAAAAAAAAAAAAAAAAAAAAACUUAAGGGAUUCUGACACCUUGUCUACACCGGACUCACAUAGGCUGUCUACACUGGAAGCGACAAAGCGACCAUUGCAAAUCAUUUGGAUUUUGUGUCAGUAUGU